UCCCUUCACUGUGUUGUCUGUGCUGCUGAGUAAAGUUGGAGCCUCUCGGUCUGUUAGUGGCCGACGGAGAGGGAGAGGAUCCAGAGGAGCGAGAGGGGGCAGAGCAGCUGGAGCUGUCCUGCACAGGGAGUUUAAAGUCAAGGGCUCCGAAGCCUGAAUCCUCCCUGAACUUCCCACAACUCUCCACCACAUUCCUCCGCUGUAGGAUUUCUGCCAGAGACGUCCUGCCAUCUGAAAACAAGAGCUCCCCGCAAUCUUUACAUGACAGACGCUGACCUCUUGUGACCUGAUUUCCGAGCUGAAGCCAGCCUGGUUCCAUCUCUCAGGAAGGUCACAUUUUAUCAAACUCCAAACUAAUUAUUAUUCCGGAGCGCUUAUUCUCCCCUUAUCUCAGGGGAAGCGGCUGAGCUAAUGGCGCUGUGUCUUGGACAAGUGUUCAGCAAAGACAAAACAUUCAGGCCGAGGAAACGGUUUGAACCGGGCACCCAGCGCUUUGAACUCUACAAGAAGGCUCAGGCCUCGCUCAAGUCCGGCUUGGACCUGAGGAAGGUUGUUCAGCUGCCGGAGGGAGAGAGCAUGAACGACUGGGUUGCUGUUCAUGUGGUGGAUUUCUUUAACAGGAUCAACUUGAUCUACGGCACGGUGAGCGAGUACUGCUCCGAGCGCACGUGCCCCAUCAUGUCCGGGGGGCUGCGGUACGAGUACAGGUGGCAGGAUGGGGACGACUACAAGAAACCCACCAAGCUGCCCGCUCUCAAGUACAUGAACCUGCUGAUGGACUGGAUCGAGUCGCUCAUCAAUGAUGAGUACAUCUUCCCCACCAGAGUAGGUGUACCUUUCCCCAAGAACUUCCAGCAGGUGUGCAAGAAGAUCCUGAGUCGUCUUUUCAGGGUGUUCGUGCAUGUUUACAUCCAUCACUUUGACAGCAUCUGUAGCAUGGGUGCAGAGGCCCACAUCAAUACCUGCUACAAGCACUACUACUACUUCAUCUCGGAGUUCAACCUCAUUGAUCACUCUGAACUCGAGCCCCUGAAAGAGAUGACAGAGAAGAUAUGCCAUUAAACAAAACCACAUGGACAAAAGGAGUUUACAUUUCAACGAUAUCUGAGCCCCGUGAGAAAUCGUCGGCUUUAAAACAUUCAAAACAAAGAACAAUUUCACAUAAAGUUAACUGGGAAGGUCCACUACAUUACCACACAUCUUCAGAUGGUGGCACUGUGCCUUUAUAGAGGAUUUACCUACAGUUACAGUGCUCUGCUAUAUGCCAUCAAUAUAGGACUUUGUGUUGGUUUUAUAAUACAUCUUCUGUACUUAUACUUUUUCUUUCCUCUCGUGCAUGUAUGUUUAUGUUUGCCUUUUUUAUAUAGUGUUGAGUCUUAUUUUGUUGAAUGAAAGUUUGUAUUUGAUGUUUCUUUUUUAUCUUUUGAAC